UGUGAAGAGAGACUACUUCUAAACACAGAUAGAAACCUCUUUAUUGAAAAAUGUAAGGUAGCAAGGGCUAUCUUACAUCCUAUGUCUGUUAGUGGAGCCUCUAAGUUCAAACUGUUGGACUUAACUACUCACUAAUGUAUAAGGCCAACAAUAACGAAACCCCUACUUUGGCAACGACUAGUAUUCUCUCGUGGUUAAUUUUUAAACCCACUGCUACUCGUUGGGUUUCGUGCUACAAGACAAAAGUUCCUGUUGAACGGAAAUUUGCAGAUAAACGGAGAUUAAAAAAAUGACCCUCACGUCAAAGGCUCCGUGUUUCAAAUCCAAGUUUAUCACUGCUGAGCUGGCUCGUCUGUUCAGCCAGUCAGACAGUGAGGAGGAGUUUGAAGGUUUCAGUGAGGAGGAGGAGGAAGAAGAGGAGAGGAGAUCUUUUACCAAACGACAAAAAAAGACCACGCUGGUGGAUUCAGACAGCGACGUGGACACAGGCUUCUACUCUGAUGGCGAGGAUGCCCCCCCACGAAAGAGAAGGAGUCUUUUAGUUGCCCUCAGGUUUCCCGUCAAAAGACUGUCUACCGCCAAACAGGAACUAAAAGAGAAAAAUGUCAAAAAGCCAGUCAAAGAAACUCCUCCUUUACCAAGAACCAGAGGAAGGCAAAGGAUGAAGCAGCAGCAACAGGAUGAAAAAGAGGAGGAGGAGGAGGAGGAAGAGGAGGAGGAAAAAGACAAAGACAAAGAGGAGUCUCAGAGCCUACAGAAACGAGACAAGAACAUCCAGGAAAACAAGGCCAUGCUAGCUAAGCUGUUUGCUGAUCUGAGCACCAUGGCUGACUUGAGCCUGCCCACCACCCCUCAAAAGAAGAAGCGGGCAUCAGAGAAAGGGACGGCACGGAAACGCAAGUUUGAACCAGAGAUUGGGUCAGAGAGGAGGAACCCGUCUCGUAAGGCUCGUCCUCCUGAGAACUUUGCAGUGGAGGAGAAGAGCGAGCCACUCAGCAUCAGAAAUCCCCGGACUGUAGACAUCAGGAGACUGGUGGAGGUGGACGAGGAUGUUGGUAAGAAAAAUAAAAGGAGGAGGAGCCACAGCUCCAGGAGGAGCCACUUUGAGGUAAGGUCAGUUGACGACAUCACCCAAGAAGACCUGGACAACAUAGCGUGCCGUGCGAAAGACAAGAUCUGGGACAAAGAGAAUGGCAGCUCGUGUCACCAGUGCAGACAGAAGACGCUGGACACCAAGACAGUGUGUCGCAGCGGUUUCUGUGUGGGGGGCAAAGGUCAGUUCUGCGGGCCAUGCCUGAAGAACCGCUACGGAGAGGAAGUACGCGAUGUGCUGCUAGACCCGACGUGGUCGUGCCCCAUCUGCCGAGAGAUGUGUAACUGCAGUCUGUGUCGUAAGAAGGAGGGCCGCUGUGCUACCGGCAUCCUGGUGGGAUUGGCCCGCUACAACGGCCACGACAAUGUCCAUGGGUAUCUGGAGAGCAUUCAGAGGGAUCUGCAGUAGAGUCCAGAGAGAAGAACGGGGAGGAGAACCUGUUCGUACAGCUAAUACCCUAGAACUCAUUCUAAUGUACAUAUUUAGGUUUAGAGCAACUUUUUAUAUUUAACUAGAGAAACAAAAGCAUGAAUAUGUUGUCUUUUUAUUUUACCUUAACAAGGCGCACACACUGUUAAUAUGUUUUAUAUCUCCUGGUUUAAGGCUUCAUAAGAUGAAGGGACAUGUUUGUUGUUUUUAAGACACUCCCUUUGAGUUGUAUAAUUUCCUUUCAAUAUUCCCACUGUUAAUUUUAAAUAGAACAAAUGUAUGGUAUGGAUGCAAAAAUAACCUUUUUAUAUACCAACUACUUUUUUAAAAAGUUGCUAACUUUACAGCAUUGUUGUUGUUCUCAGUCCAUUGUAAAUUCUAAUAAAGAAUGGCAUUGUAUAAAUGA